CCAAGAUGGCGGAGGUGAGCGGGGUGAGGAGCAGAAAUCACUUCGAGCCAAAAUGCGAAAACCGAGUCCCCGACGAAGGCUUGAGGGGAGUACAGGAAGUCCCUAUUGUUCGUAGUCGUAACCAGAGGCCUCCAUUAGCCAGUGCUGAAGACCUGGAUGAUGAAUUGUUUCCCAGGACCAUGGCCUCAAACUCGGGUACAGGUGCCAGGCUCAACCCCUCACAAAAUGAAAUGAUUCAAGAUGAAGAGCCAACAGUAGAGGAAGAAAAGGCCAAGCCUAUCCAGAUCGUCCUGGCCAACGAGGAUGAGCACAGCUUUGAGCUGGACGCCGCAGCGCUGGAGAAGAUCCUGCUGCAGGAUCACGUGAAGGACCUGAAUGUGGUGGUGGUGUCUGUGGCAGGGGCCUUCCGCAAAGGCAAAUCCUUCCUGCUGGACUUCAUGUUGCGCUACAUGCACAAUCAGCGGACUGACACGUGGAUAGGAGGUGAUGAUGAGCCCCUGACAGGGUUCACCUGGAGAGGAGGCUGCGAGAGGGAGACCACAGGAAUCCAGGUCUGGAGUGAUAUCUUUGUGGUCAACAAGCCCGACGGCAGCAAGGUUGCUGUUCUCCUUGUUGACACACAGGGAGCGUUUGACAGCCAGUCCACCAUCAAGGACUGUGCUACUGUAUUUGCUCUGAGCACAAUGACCAGCUCUGUGCAGGUGUACAAUCUCUCCCAGAACAUCCAGGAGGAUGAUCUGCAGCAUCUACAGCUUUUCACAGAGUAUGGCCGACUCGCAAUGGAAGAAAUCUACCUGAAACCUUUCCAGUCCCUGAUGUUCCUGAUUCGGGACUGGAGUUAUCCUUAUGAACACAAUUACGGCCUUGAAGGGGGAAACUCCUUCCUUGACAAAAGACUACAGGUGAAACAGAACCAACAUGAAGAGUUGCAGAACGUUAGGAAGCACAUCCACUCCUGCUUCUCCAACAUCGGCUGCUUUCUGCUGCCACAUCCUGGGCUCAAGGUGGCAACUAACCCCCACUUUGACGGCAGGCUUAAAGACAUCGAUGGAGAUUUUAAAAAGGAGUUAGCCAGUCUGGUGCCUCUCCUGCUUGCCCCAGAGCGACUGGUGGAGAAGGAGAUCGGAGGCAACAAAGUCACCUGCAGAGAUCUCCUGGAGUACUUCAAGGCUUACAUAAAGAUCUACCAAGGCGAGGAACUGCCGCACCCAAAGUCCAUGCUGCAGGCGACGGCAGAAGCGAACAACCUGACAGCUGUGGCAGGAGCCAAAGAUUUGUACAGCAAGAACAUGGAGACAAUGUGUGGAGGGGACAAGCCAUACAUCGCUCCAGCCGACCUUGAGCGCUGCCACGAUGAGUUUCGUGAGCACUCAGUGCGUUAUUUCCGCUCUGUGAAGAAAAUGGGCGGCGACGAGUUCUGCCAGCGCUACCAGACCCAGCUGGAGUCCGAGCUGGAUGAGACCUACACCAACUUCUCAAAGCACAACGACGGGAAGAACAUCUUCUACGCAGCUCGCACGCCUGCCACACUCUUUGCGGUCAUGUUUGUGACCUACGUGGUGUCUGGGGUGACAGGAUUCAUCGGCCUGAGCACCUUAGCGGUGCUGGCUAACAUGGUCAUGGGUGUGGCGCUGCUGUCACUUUGCGCCUGGGCGUAUGUGAAGUAUUCUGGAGAAUUUCGAGAGGUGGGAGCGUUGAUAGAUCUGGUGGCCGAGACUCUCUGGGAACAGGUUUUGAAGCCACUAACUGAACAAUAUAUGGAAGACAACGUCAGACAGACGGUGGUUAACUCGCUCAAAGCCAGCUUGACAGAACAGGGCUCGCAUCACACCAAGUUAAAGACUCACUGAUGCUCUUCCUCCUCCUCUUCCUUCAUCUCCCCGUCAUGUUCAUCACGCUCCUGCCCACUCGCUCAAUGUGUUCAAUCCUAGAACUGUGGAACUAGUUCAACACCAAAGCUGACCUUCUUUUACUUCCACCCUGAACGCCCCUCAUCAUCACAUCACAUGCUGCCCACCUCCUCCUCCUCCUCUGUGAUCUGUAGUGGACCUGUUGGCUCGCUGUCUGCCCUGCUCUUCAUCGCCCCCCAGUGCCUCAGAGCAGAAACUGCACGUUCUUCAUAAGAGGACCGAGCAGAGAAGCCGGCGUCGCCUCUUGCCAAAACAGCAUCUUUGAAGGACUGUUAUCUUCUCCAGUGUGCCAUGCUGCCAUAGAUGCAUCGUGUGUUGUAAUGCAUACUGUAGACUGACACACACACACACACACACACCCCAACAAGAGUACUUGUGAUAUCUGACAUCCAGCUGACUGCACUCGCUUCAGACUUGAGCUGUAAUUCAGGGAAAACUGACACCGCCGAGGGCAGCUGUUUUUCAAACUGAAACACUUUGUGUGCAUUUAAUCAUCCCAUCAACGAGCGCUUGGUUUACUUUCUCUUCACUUUAUUAUCGUUUCCUUUAAGCACAAGCAACUAAUUGACUCAGAAAACUAAUAAUGAGGUGAUUAUGUUCUGAGUUUUUUUUUUUUUUUUUUUCAGUAAAAUCAGGAAACAGAUUUUAUUGAUGAAACUUGAAGUGAAAGUAAAUUGAUUGCUGCUGUCACGGACCAGCUGGAAAGGCAAUUUUUUUAAAAACUACCUAAACUGCACACUUGUGUCCCAGUGGGCUGAUCGAUCUCCAUCUUCAAAAUCUGAACUGACGAGUGCAGUUUUUCUCUUCUGACAUAUAUAUAUAUAUAGUAGUUCACCUGUCUGCCUCCAUUUAUUCACUCAUUCAGUCUUUUACACUAAAUUUGGAAGAGGUGUUAACCAGGUAACAUCUGUAUACUCAAACUCUGGGCUCAGGUUGCUUCUAGACGAGACCCUGGUACGUCUGUCUGUCCGUCUUGUCUCCCUUUAAUAUUUUGUGAUUCUGAAGAGAACUGCAAGGAGCCUCGAGCCUCUCAGUUGAUUUUUUAUUCUUUCUUUCUUUCUUUUUUUGGGGGUCUGUUUUUAUUUUAGAACUGACAUGUUUUUAUCUGGCCUUCAGCGUCUCAUAGCGGACAUGCCAGUGUUUGGCCCUCUGCAUGGUGUUAAUAGCUACUGCGUUGUAGCAUUAAGCUAGCUAAGAGCUUGUAGAUGCCAGCUGUAGUCAGGUAACCAGAGAGGAUCAUCAUCUUGAACCAUUUUUUCUCUCUUUCACUGCCUUUUUCAUUAAAGCUGCACUAGUCCUGCGUUUUUCCAGGCAUCUUUAGGACCUACAGGCUGUAAGUUUGAUUCUCGCUUCUAGGAGCUCUCAGACUCAUUCACAGUUUUCUGACCUGACUGUAAACAAACACAUUUUUGCUUCAACUUAGAGAUAUUGAUUUUUUUUUUUAACUCAAAUUUCUAAUUUCCAUUCAAAGGAAUUGUUUGACGUUUUGGGAAAAUGCACUUAUUUGCUUUCUUGUGAAGAAUGAAAUAAAAAGAUACCACUCUUUGUUUAGCUUAGUAAAAAAACUGGAAGCACAUGGAAACAGCUAACCUUGCUCUGUUCAUCGGCACCUCUAAAGCUCACUCUUUAACAGGUUUUAUCUUGUGUGUUAAACCGUCAGUUUGUGUUGUUAUGGGGGUUUUGUGUUGUAACUUUUCCUUCCACAAAUUGUUGUUUUCACACUUAAAUUAAAUAUAAUUAAUCAUUGAGAUUUAGAGGUGCUGCUUAGGCAGAUUUUUGAAACUUUGGACAGAGGCAGGCUAGCUGUUUCCCCUCGUUUCCAGUCUUUAUACUAAGCUAAGCGGCUACUAGUUGAGAUGAGUUGGCAUUUUUCCAUCUAAUUCCGAGCAAGAAAGUUUUAAUUUUCCUAAAUAUCAAACUAUUUAUUGAACUGACAAAUGAUUCAGUCUUUAUUAACCCUCUUUUUUUCUUCUUCUCCUGAGUUGGAUAAAUCAGUGUCACUGGACUGCUGAUCAUCUUUUCAGCAAAAGAGAUGUCAGUCAAUUCAAGUGACGGGUUGGCAUUUAUCUGUCAGGUUGUUGAAAUGAUUUCUCCGCAGUAAGAAGCAGAUUUAACGUUUUAGUUCAGUCUAACAGCUGCAUCACUUCUGUCUGAGCUCUUCUGCAUCAAUUCCAUCCACAUUAUUUCUCACCUCAAGCGCCAGUCUCAUACUGUACAGUUUCUCUUCUUCUUCUGUGUUCACAUUACAAAUCGGGCAUGUAUGUUGAAUUAAAUAUUUAAAUAAACUUUGUAUACAUUUUAUAGUGAAUCAGAUGACAAUGGCUGUUUUUUUUUCUUUUCUUCUUUUGAUCAACUUAACAGUCUGUGGUUUGUUAAAGAAAGAUAAGUUGCUGCUGUAGGUUUACAUUAGUUUUCUCCUGUUUGUGAGAAUGUUCAUAGAAACACGGUGUGAAUACUCGGAUUCUGAUAGGAAAAUCUUUGUGUCGAGUGGGUCGGAGACAAAUGUCUUGUCUGCCUUUUAAAGAUAUCUCUGGUAAUUUAUUUUUGAAUAAAAUGUUUACCUUAAGAAUAAAUCAUCCGUACAAUU